CUUCCAAAUUUAAAAACAUUAAAAAACGUUCAAAAACAACGUCCGAAAAAACGUCCAAAAAAAAACCGUCAAAAAAAUCGCGAGGAAGUUGUUGCAGAGAAACUUAAAGAUGAAAAAAAAGAACUUAAAGAAGAAAAACUUAAAGAUGAAAAAGAAAGUGUGAACAUUAAUAAACUUCCAAAUUUAAAACGCGAGGAAGUUGUUGCAGAUAUUAGCACAGAUCCUCAAUUUAAAGAAUUGUAUAACGAUUAUCAACAAAUUAGGGAUAUUUAUUCUUUAAUGAAAAUAAGUGAAUAUAUAAAGUUGGCGUUAUCGGCUGAUUCUAAAAAGAAUCAUGGACAGUUAAUUAUUACAAGGGUUUUACAGGUUAUCGGUGAGCAUUUAAAAAACACUUUAGAAUCCCCUAAGAUAUCUAAUACUACAAGUGAACUUUUGCUAUUAUCGUUACCAAAAAAUACAAGUUACAAAAAAAAACAAAACUACAAGAGAAGUAAUUAUAGAUUUACGUAAUUCAUUAUCACAUGCUGAUUCACUCCUCAAGAGAAAAGAAAUCGAGAAAAAUACAGAUUUUAGUUUUUUUGCUGGUAUUCAAAAUGAUAUUAAAAAAAUUGAUAUUGUAAUUACUGAUAUUCUUUAUACUAAAAAAAUUAAAACGCUUAGAAUGCUUCUAGAAAGAAUUGCUGAUAGUAACAGCUCAAGCAGUGAGAUAAAAGAAAUUGCUGAAAUAUUUAGUAAUGUUAAAUUGGAUAAAAUGAUAUCGGCAGAUUUUAAAAUGAUGGAAUACGAGAAACUUGAAAAACUCAUUAAAGAAUUAAGCGAUAAUAUAACUGACAAGACGGAUUAUGAAAAGAAAUUAUUUAAUGAAAUUAAUGACAUAAUCCAUUGUGUAGAACCUCAAUCAGAAAAUAUCAGAACUGAUUAUAUCACAGGAUAUAAACUAAUGGAAGGCUUAAUCAAUUUGAGUGAAAAAUUAAAGAUUGAAAACAACGUUAUUAGUGGAAUUAAAUUUAUUGCUAAUAGAAUAUUAGAAAAUAUGACUAUAAAAACAAAGUCUAAUAACCUUAAAAAAAUUGCUAAGUUGUUCACAAAAAUUUAUCGUAGUAUUGAGCCAAGAAUUCAACAUAACAAUCUUGAUAAAUUAAUUUACGAAAUUUUUUUUUAUAUUUUUGAAUUUGAAAUAAGUGACAUAAAAUGGAUUAAGAAAUUAUGGGAAAAGUUGAAUAAAAAAAUUUCGUUUACUUCUAUACCAGAAAAGACUUACAAUAUAACAGAAAAAGAAUAUAAUAACCAGCUUAAACUAAAACUAUCUGAACUGGAAAAUAUUUUAAGCCAUAACGCAUUGAGUGGCCAAUUAAUUGAAAAAUUACCUUUGUAUAAGCGUGAUAAAAAAUUGCAAGCAGUAGUAGAAAUGCUUGUUCUGGAUAUAAUGUCAAUUUUAGGUAGCUUAAAGGAUUACUUGGAAAAUAAUCUAUUUUUUUUAGAUGAUAACACUCCUAUAUUAAUUGGAACAUGUUUACGUAAUCAUUUAGCACAUGAUAAUGCUCUAGUUAAUUUACUGUUAUUUGAUCCUUCAAUAGGACUUAUUUUGAACGCUAAAAAACUUACUGAAAAAAAUAUAAUAACAAGCAAGAAAAAAAUUGGCAAGUUAGUAAGCGAUAAUUCUCGGAGGUUGAGAAAGAAAUACGAACAAGACCUAGAUAUCAUUGUUAAUCAGGAAAAAAUGAUUACUGCUUUGGAAGAAGGAAAUCUAGAAAACUUAAAGGAUUGUCUCAAAAAAGGUGCAGAUAUUAAUGCUAGAAGUAUUAAUUCAUGGACCACGUUACAUUUUGCUGCUAAGGGAUCCAGUCCUGAAAUUAUAGAAUUUAUUCUUGAUCAAAAUUUAAGCGAUAAUGUGAAAGAUAUUAAUGGUCAAAGCCCAUUGCAUAUUGCUGCUGAGCAUGGAAGGAAUAAUAUUGUAGAAUUUUUUAUAAAGAAAGGUUUAUAUAUUGAUGAUUUAGAUAAUAGUCGCAAAACGCCACUACAUGUCGCUGCACAAAAAGGUCACAAGGAUACUGUUGUAGUUUUAUUAAAUAAUAAUAAAGCACAUACUAUUGCCCGAGAUAAAAUUGGUCUUUCACCUUUACACUAUGCAAUAAUGAAUAAUCAUAUAGAUGUUACUAAGAUUUUAUUGGAAAAAACUGAAAAUGCUUAUAAAAUGCUUAAUGAAAUUAUAGGUAACUUAAUCCCGUUGCACGCAGCUGCACAGAGAGGUUAUCUAGAGUUAGUUAAAGUCUUGCUUGCAAAUGAGGCAAACGUUAACGUUAUAAAUGAAGAUUUGACACCAUUACAUUUAGCCGCAUUAAAUGGCCAUUUGGACAUAGUACGUGUUUUAAUCGAAAACAGAGCUGAUGUUAACGCCAGCGGCAUAAGUGCAGGUUUUACACCAUUACACUGUGCAGUAGAAAAAGGUCAUGAGAAGAUAGUUAAUAUUCUAUUGGAGCAUGGAGCUGAUGUUAAUGCUGUUGACAAAAUCGAUAAUAAUACAUCUUUGCACUAUGCAGCAAAAGAUGGGCACGAGGAAAUAGUUAAGGCUCUACUGGAAAAUAAUGCCAUCGCUAGUAUUGCCACUGUUACAGGUGUAACUCCAUUGCAUAUUGCUGCCCAGAAUGGUCAUCUGGGAAUAAUUGUUGCUCUACUUACACAUGGUGUUGAUAUUCGUGCUAAAGAUCGAAAUAACAUUACACCAUUAUAUUGUGCAGCAAAAAGUGGUCAUAAGAAAAUUUCUGAACUUUUAAUAGAAAAAGGAGCACAAAUUAAUGCCAAAACUAAUAAUAAUGUAACACCAUUACAUACAGCUGCUCUGGAAGGCCACAAAAACAUUAUUGAUCUUCUAAUAGACAAAGAAGCUGAGGUUAAUGUAAAAACUGAUGAGGGUAGUACACCGUUGCAUCUAGCUGCUCUGAACGGCCACAGAGACAUUGUUAAGCUUCUAAUAGAAAGUAAAAAAACUGAGGUUGAUGCAAUAACUGAUGACGGUAUUACACCAUUGCAUAUAGCUGCUGUGGAAGGCCACAAAGACAUUGUUGAGCUUCUAAUAAAAAGUAAAAAAGCUAAGGUUAAUGCAACAGCUAAAGACGAUGGUACACCGUUACAUACAGCCGUGACAGCAGGUCAUAAAGAAAUCGUUGAGAUUCUGGCAGCAAAUGGAGCCAAUGUUAAUAUCAGAACUAAUAACAACAUGACACCAUUGCUUUCUGCCAUAAAAUAUAAUCACAAAGAAAUCGUUAAAGUUCUUAUAUCAAAUGGAGUUAAAGUUAAUGAAGAAGCCAUUGAACUUUUGUCAUCAGCAGUUCUUGCUAGAUACACAGAUAUUGUAGAAAUUUUGCUAGACCACAAAGUCGAUGUUAAUAUAAAAGAUUCUGAAAAUGUUGCACCACUACACUUGGCUGCUACUAAAGGUCAUAAGAAUGUAGUAAAAGUUCUGUUAACAAAAGGAGCUGAUGUUGAUACUACAACUAUUAAUAAUCUAACACCAUUAUGUUUUGCAGCACAGGAGGGGUAUGAGGAAGUAGUUGAGAUUUUAAUAGCACAUGGCGCUAACGUUAAUGUUCAUAAUAGAUCUGACAAAAAAGUUACACCGUUACACCUGGCAGCAACAAGUGGUCAUUGUAAUGUUGUAGAAGUUUUACUACAUAAAAAAGCAAAUAUUAAUGUUAAGAAUAAUGAGAAUAGAACUCCUCUAGAAUUAGCAGUGGCACAUGGUCAUUUAGAAGUGGUUAAAAUGUUACUACUGCAGGACUACGAAAAAAUAGAUAUAAAUGCUAAAGGUAACGAUGAUUGGACGAUAUUGCAUAUUGCUUCACAAAGAAAUAACUUAGAGAUGGUAAAAUAUCUAGUAGAUGAUAUAGGAUCUAAUGUUAAUGCUAUAAAUGCCUUUGGUUCAAAACCUAUACACAUUGCAGCGAGAGAAGGUUGUAAAGAUACUGUAGAGUUCCUUAGUAAGGGGUUAAGUAUUAAUGAACUUAAUGCAGAUAAUUGGACAUUAUUACACUAUGCUGCAGAAAAUGAUCAAUUAGAAGUUGCGAAGUAUUUGAUAGCACAAGGCGCUGACGUUAAUGCUAAAGCUGUUAAUGGCUUAACUCCUAUGCAUAUUGCUGCUAAACUCGGUUAUAAAGACUUUAUUCAAAUUUUAUUAAAAAAUGGAGCAGUUUAUAACGCUGUUGACCAUUCUUAUAGAAAACCACUAGAAAUGUCUAAUGACAAAAACGUUAUCAAUCUAUUAACAUUCACUAAGAAUUUGUUUAAGGCAGUAAAUUGUAAUGGUUCUUCAAAAGUUGAGCAUUACAUUAAAAAAGGAGCGAUCGUUAACGGCAAAAAUGCUAAAGGAGCAUCAUUAUUGCAUUAUGCUGCGUGGAAAGGCUAUGAUAGGAUUAUCAAUAUUCUGUUACAAAAUCAAGCUGAUCCUAAUCCAGUUGAUAAGAAGGGAUUUACCCCUCUACAUUAUGCUGCUAAGUUCUGUCGCUUAAAAGUUGUAAAACUCCUAUUAUCUAACGGUGCAGUAUAUAAUGCAGUUUCUGAUGGUAAAACACCAUCAGACUUUACUGUAGAUGAAAGUAUUAUUCGCUUAUUUCAAUUACUGCGUGACUCAUUUAAAAAUAUUAAAAAUAAUGAUUCUCGAGUUAUUAAUGAUCUUAACAAGAUAAAGGAUAUUGAUACAGUAAAAUCAAUAAUGAAUGCUCGUAAUGAAGAGAACAAAACUCUAGUAGUUUCUGCAGUGCAUAAUAACUUUUCAGAAGUCGAACAGUUAAAAGAGGUAUUAGAUGAUGUAUCCGUUCAGAUUAAUGAAGGUUUAAUGUUUUAUAAUCGAGGCGAUUAUAAAAGGGCUUUAUGUAUUUUCGAAAGCGUAUUUGAAAAAAGAAAAAAAAUAAUAGGUUCAGAUAAUCCUGGCACUUUAGAUAUU